UGGCUGAGGUUGCCCGUCUUGCUGUGAGAGCCUGCUUUAUGAAUUAUUCCCAGCGGUUGGUUUCAGAUGCCAUUAUACUAUUCCACACAGAUGGCUCUGUCUCUUUAAGACAACCACACCGUGCGGCUGAUAAAUUCAGUGUAACGCGAGGCGUUGAGGGAAACCUGUUUUCAGCUGGUAGAGGUGGAUGUGCUGCUGUGGUGCUGAAUUGGAGAAAUAAAGAAAAGAAAGCAGCGCGAGACACAGGGAUUUACAGCAGCAGAAGCGGGCUAGACUGAGAUGAUCCAUCUGAAGAUGCUCUCCUAGCUAAGAGCUGCUGUCACCACUGCCCAGUUUUAAGGCUUUAAAUCGACACAAAGGCAGGCAGACGUGUCGGCUGAUUUUCCUCCUCACAGCGGAUUGUGGAGGGACAGCGGAGAGGCAUCGCAGAACGGAUCGGGAUGUCUUCGGAAAAACACGCUCUAGAGGAGGCGGCUGGCAGGCAGGCCAUGUCGCAGCAGAUGAACCAAAUGGCUCCUCCGCCCUACCUGCCCUCACAGGACCCAAACAUGCCUCCACAUCCUCCCCCACCUGGCUGUGCCCCCCAACCUAAUUACCCGCCGCCUCCUCCGCCUCCAGGCUCAGAGGGAUACCUGCAAGAGACCCAGUUUCACUGCGGGACGCUUGGGCCUCAGGGGGCUCCAAACGGCUACACAAUACAAACACACGGACCUGGGAGUACUGUUCCCCAUCCUCCAGUGGGCUACUUGCACCCGGGAUACCCUCUACAGCUGCAGCCCUGCACAGCCUACGUCCCAGUCUAUCCUAUUGGAACAGGGGGUCAGCCUUAUCUGCCUAAUGGCGCACCACAUCCAGGUGUGGCCCCGGGACAGAUGGCCAUGCAGAUGCCCCCCGGCAUUGCUCUGAUGGAACCGCGCCGCCCACCUCACGAUUAUCUGCCCAUAGCUGUCUUGACCACUGUCUGCUGCUUCUGGCCAACUGGCAUCAUCGCAAUCAUCAAAGCCGUGCAGGUCCGUACUGCCAUUGCCCGUGGCGACAUGGUGACAGCGGAAAUAGCAUCCCGUGAGGCGCGCAACUUUUCCUUCAUCAGUCUGGCAGUGGGCAUCGCUUCUAUCGUCCUCUGCACCAUACUCACCGUUGUUGUCAUCAUCGCCUCUCAACACCAUGAUGAUGACUGGGAGCCCUAAAACCCAAGGGGUCCCACUGGACCAUCCACCUGCUGAUUGCAACACAGACUCCUGGCUACUGUACACAGUACACAGUACGGUACUGCCAGUAUUCUGCUCAUAGCAUUCCGACACAACGCACUGACCCACCGGCACAGACACCCACACCCUAAAUCCCUCACUACUGGAAUCCAGGCUUAAACCACUGAUCUGCCAUAUUUUAGUCUCCAGGUAUAGCUCAUCUCCACAGUCACUCCCAGACAGGGGCCAAAGUAGGGAAAACAGCAUUGACUAUACAUGUGCAUGAGCACACAUGAACAAGAGACACGUUUUCCUUGUGUUAAAAAAAAAAACAUUCAUUAAUGCUUUAUUUGGCUGAUAUAUCCGAGUUUUAAUCCUCAUCGAUUUGAUGAUAUUCUAGUAGCUGUGCAGAAACAUCACAAGUUUCGAUUUGUAAGUGCUUUUCCUGUACUCCAACCCUGUUACAUAUUGAUUAUGUAAUGUAUGUUGAAAUAAUUGUGUUUGUAAGUGUUCAGUACAUUCCAUCUAGGAUUUUCUUUGUUUUUGUGCCAUGAAUCCAUUUACAGUCAGCAGUGUUAUAUAAUAGAAAUUAAGCUUUUUCCGAACAGGUUAAACUGCCCACAUAUGGACACUGACUUGGGGAUAAACCCAUUAAACUAUAGGUUACUUAACAGUGUAGACAGUAGAUAGUUCAGUUAAAAGCAAAGGGGAUAAUAAUGCGUGGAUUUGCCACUAAAUGUUAAGUAUAAUCAUGUUUUUCCCUGCUGACUGAACAAAAACAAAAGUUUCUCAACUUUAGAGCGCACUUUUCUUUCCUGAAAAGACGCUCUGGCGCUACUGUAAAAAUAUGUACAUUCUUCCGACUCCUUGGUGCAUUAUCUUGUUUUAUUUAUGAAAUAUGCAGUAUGUACUACAGUAGAGUAUUGCUCUGUCCAGAAACACAGCUAGAACAUUUUGAGGACUAAUACAGUUAGUUAUUACUGCCUCAUAGUGAACUGGUUUAUCUGCUAUAGGAAAGCUGUAAUAUUAUUGUAUGGCAAACGGAUGUAUUAUACAUUAUUUAUUUAUUACUUACUACAUGAGUUGUUUGUGUACUGAGUUAUUUAUUUAUAGUAUUUAUUAAUAUAUUUAGCCAUAGCUCUGUCGUUUGGACUGAACUUUCUUUAUCAGUUGACGAUAAAGUGUGGUCAUUAUAGAUUACUCAACCUCAUAGUCUGGUAUAUUUUAACUAAGCAUGUUGCGAUAGGCACUUUUAUGUACAGCCAUUUUCUUUUUCAUAGUUUGAUGAGCAGAACAUGCUACAGCUAAGGUAUUAAGCUUGAAGUGAAAUUAAAUAAAUCCGAUGUCUUGGGGAAUAAAAAAAAAGGAUACACAGAGUUUAAUUUCAGAGUAGAGCCUGUAUGACACCCUUUAGCACCGCACAAUCUUCAUAGAGCACAGUACGAUCAAUACCGUGUGGGAGACUACCUCGGACAGAGCAGAAGAAGAAACGUGCCCAGUUAGAACACCCUACAUGUGACAGAUUUGGCACACAGGUGGAUUUGCGUAGAUGUUUACUCUAGCACCUACUCCUAAAAGCCAUAAAGCUGGACGAUGAGUAAAGGUCAUGAUGCGUUUGAAGUGUUUCUCAGACGUAGCCCACCAACUUACCAUCUUCACUCCUAUAGUGAAUAAAAUAGUGCACUGUUGGUACUUGAUUCAAAUAUGUACAUUAUUUCGACAUUAAUAACACAUUAAUAUUUUUUCUGCUAUUGAAAUAUGAGUAUGGGCCUAUUCAAAUUAUUAUUCUGAUAUUUCUUCUUUAAAAGUUAUUAACGCCCUUAAUUCAGUUCCUUAGUGAAAUUAAUUGGCAUAUACAAAACCAGGACAACUCGCAGAAAUAUAUGGAUUCUUAAAAAGAUCUGUCUUGUUUAAAGGUUCUAAAAAGCACCAGAAUCUGUUGAUAUAAGCUAAAGUCCAAAAAUAGGCCAUGAUGCUCCAACUAGCUUAUAACAUUUGUACAAUUGUAAUUGCUGCAAUUGUAACCCAUCCCAAAAUCACAUUAACAGAUCUUCAUGCAGCCUUUUAUUCAUGUGAAAAUGAUGUACACAUUUAAAUCAGUUCAGUACAGUAUAGUGCAUUUGCUUCAAUACCAACAAGGUGGGAUCCUUUCCAGUUGUCGAUUUGAAUGGUACAGAUUAUUUAACAUUUCUAAAAAGAUUGUAAUGCUAAGAGCACAAAUGAAACACUGGAAAACAUUAAUUAUGGUGGGGCUAAAUGAAAUAUGAAUGUUAUUUGUGACCUUGGUUUGCGGUAAUCCACUGAUUCCCAUCAACCAGUUGCACCUUUUCUUGCAUUUCUUCAUUCACUCAGAUUUUGGGUCAGACACCAACACAAGAGAAACAGUUAACAACUACAGUACUGUCCAAAAGUCUUACCUACAGCAGAGAAUUAGGCUUUGUAUGUAAACUGUAUAUAAAGCUAUUAUAUAUAGCUUCAUAUGUAGUAGUUAUAUUAAGCAUAGCACCUGCUAGCACCUGCUCGCUUCCUCAUGUUUUACAUCAGUGUUUGAGGUUUGUGGCAUGUGUUACAUUCAUGUACCAAACUCUAAUUAUUUAACUAUGGCAAAAUAAAUGCAGUUUUCCAUUCUACAGCACAGUUAACUAUUGUUAAAGUAUUAAAAGUAUUAUAUGAUGUGAGGAUCUUACAGUAGGCCUAUUUGGUUACACUAACCAGGCUUUCUUAAGUGAUCCUUUAUUUAUAGAUUCAACAUCGGUGCCAUUGUCAUUCUAACUAACUGUGAAACCAAAAAAUGUUAUUUUUUACUGUUUUUGUACUAAAUUUCAAACACUAAAUGAUAUCUUAGAAGCAUAUUGCCUUUAGCCUUAUGGAAGGUAGUUGAGACUUUUGUGCUGUACUGUAGUUACAGAUAUUUAAUCAUAUCCAAAAACAUAUGUGAAAUGUAUGUCAGUAUAUUCUGAAUAGUUAUUUUUCUAAGUGGUUAUAUCAGGAAAAGCUUCAUCCCUUACAUCCCCAAUACCAUUUUCUCAUUAAUAAUGCUAUAUGCAGUCUAGACACAUUGAUGUACAUAACUAUUCUGGUUGGUGGGAUAAUGGUGGGUUUAACAACACCCAGGAUAAAUGUGUGAUGAAUUUAUUGGAGAUAAAUCUCCAGCCUACAGCACUUUUGGUCAGUUUUUUAAAUGUCACUUUUGUUUUUGUUAAGAAUACAAGCGUUUUUCUAACAGCUUGGCCAACAGUGCAUCUUAUCUAUCCUUUUCUGCUCUCAUCAGUUUCUCAGACUUAUCUAAUCUAUUUUUAGAUCAAGAGCUUUAGUGUAAAGUGUUUUGCCAAACUCAGCUGAGUAACUACUGAUAUAUUGAUGUGUGUAUUGUUUUAUUUAUUAUAAAGGAUGACGCAAUGGAAGAAGCCCUGAUAUUUUGGCUAUAUGCCUACAAUCACCUGCCUCUCUCAAUACAGUACACGGAAGGGAAUAGUUUGUAUUAUAAUGAUGUAUUUAUGUCUGAUAGCUCUGAUACCAGUGCAGUUCAUUAAAUCACUUUAGUGUUUUAAUGUUGUGCAUAUAGUGUACAGUGGGUUCUUGGUUCUUAUUUAUAGAUAAACCCCCAAAAAUGCCUUUUUCCACAUUAAUCUACAAUAAAGCUGAUCCUGUAUUAUAACAGAUGACUUUGCUUAAGUAAAUCCAGUAACUCACAUUUACUGCACCCUUAAAAACACAGAGUUUCUCUGAGCUUGUAAAUGUGACAGGUGACUCCUAUAAUGCGGCUGCCCAAUGACUUGUGUACACGUGCUUUUGAGGUAAAUUUUGUUGAUGGAUGCCGUAUAUGCAUUUGUUGUGUUUGAUUAAAGAGGAACUGCAAGAAUCA